ACAUAUUAAUAUGGAAAAAAAUUUGGGAAGGAAAAAUAGAAAGAGAGUUUUGUAGCUUAAGAAGCUGUUCUUGGGGGCCCAAUAGCUACACGGAGUAGCAGGAGUUCUUGAUAACAGUGAAGACAUCGCCUGCAUCCCACAAGAGUGGUAAAAUUCACAAGGUUGAGGAAGAUCAAGUUUGAUAAUGAAAUUCUUUCGGUAGGGAUAAAAUAGUAAAGAGAUCAAGGGCAGAGAUGUUUUCGUUGUUUUAUGGACUCUGGAAAUAUAUGUUCAGUAAGACAGAGUUUCAUGUACUCAUUCUUGGAAUCGACAAGGCUGGGAAAACGACUUUGCUCGAGAAGUUGAAAUCACUUUACUCAAACUUGGAAGGUCUCCCUCCUGAUCGAAUUGUUCCAACUGUGGGACUUAAUAUUGGUCGUAUUGAAGCAUCAAAUACCAAACUUGUGUUCUGGGAUCUGGGAGGUCAGCCUGGUCUUCGCUCAAUCUGGGAAAAAUAUUAUGAAGAAGCACAUGCCGUAGUCUAUGUAAUUGAUGCCACUUGUCCCGCACGUUUUGAAGAUUCAAAAUCUGCAUUGGAAAAAGUUCUUCGGCAUGAGGAUUUGCAAGGAGCUCCUCUGUUGAUUUUGGCCAACAAGCAGGAUCUUGCUGAUAGUGUAUCAGCCGAGGAACUUGCUCGAUAUCUAGAUCUUAAAAAGUUGGAUGAAAGGGUUUAUAUGUUUGAAGCCGUUUCAGCAUAUGAUGGGAUGGGGAUUAAAGAAAGUGUGGAGUGGUUGGUGGAGGUAAUGGAGAGAAGCAAGAGAACUGAAAUGUUGAGAGCCCGUGCAGGAGCAACAGGCCCUGCUUCCAACUAGAAUGUCAUGUAUCAAAUCAACAACCGAUAUGGCAGUUGGGUUGCCCUGCUUCUUUCUGUAACAGUUGUGUAAAUAAAUCAGGCUUUUUGAAUUCAUUCUGAUUAUUUAUUAUUAUUACAUGAUUCUAUGUCAAAGAUCAAAGUUUUCACAUGUCUUC